ACAAAACAGAGACAAACAAUUUCAUUGUUUCUCUGGUCUCCUUUAUGACUUCAGGAUGCGGAUGAUGAUGCUCGCAAGAAGAUUGAUUUUUCGUCACAACCUGGCAACAUGGCCUCCAGUCUCGAUCUGCGCUUCCCACAAUUCCCACAACAAUCCACAACCAUCAACAAAGCCAAACGCUUCGCUCAGCUGUCUCCGUUACCAGGUAUAGUCGUCCCUCUCUCCCUCUCUCUCUCUCAUCCAUCCAUCCAUCUUUCCCCAAGUUAUCAUAAUAAAAGCUUAACAACUUGCAACCACCACCAUGAUCGAUACUGCCUUUUUCCUCCAGUCCGGUGAGAUUCAGGAAUCCUUCCUCGCCGGCUCCAAAAUCGCUGCGGCAAUACUAACGACGCUGGUGGUGCUGGAAAUCCUGUCCUAUGAUACGGUCAUGGCACUGUACAAGAGGGACAAGAAACUCUAUCUCGAAGGCCUGGCCAUGAACUUUGUGAAUCACAUUGCCUUUGGUAUUCCCAUUUACGUCGCGUCGAGCCAGUUUCUGAUGCGCAAGGACGAGACCCAUGCCUCCGCUCUGGCGAUUAUCGCGCAGAUUGUUGGAAUUCUGUUGAUUCACAGUAUUUGCUUUUACGAACUGCACAAGACAUUUCACACUGUACCCGGCUAUUACAAGUACCACAAAUUCCACCAUCGCUAUAACACGUACACUCCUCCCUCUGCUGCCAGCGCCGUGAGUGUGGUGGAGUAUCUGGUGGCGUAUAUGGGUCCCUUUGCCGUGGCCGGUGCCAUUAUUCGUCCCUAUAUGACGGCCUUUCAUGCGUCCAUUUUGAUUGUGGCCGCCGGCAACGUGUUGGAACACACUCCUUUUUUGGAAGAUUGGUCGCAAAAGUACAUGCCCGUCUUUUGGGUGACGACCCGUGAUCACUUGGAACAUCAUCGCAAGUUGAAUGUUCACUUUGCAGCUCCCACUUUUGAUAUUGAUUGGGUUGUGGAGCGGUUCACAACAACCACUACUACCGGUACAUGUAGUACGCCCUCGUCACCCAGCAGUCCAACCAUCGAACCGGAACAAAAAUAGUUGAUGGAUCCUGAUGAUGAAACAACAUACCAACACCUACUUAGGAUCAUCCAUUUGUUUAGAUUAGGCGAUUCCUUCAUACUGCAAUAUCAUGUAUGAGCUCUUCUGCUUAAGCUUGAGCUCUGCAAAUACUAUCAG